GGGGGGGGGUGAUACUAGAUAAGAGGAGGCGGGCUAUCAAGAAGGUCCAAGCAGUGACUGGAUAUAUUUUACCCUUUUAUUCCUCCCCCGGUGAUCCUGGAGCCACGGGGAGCCGCCAUUAGGAAGAAUAAGGACCCUGGAAUGUAUAUUGGAGGCUGCGGGGCGAGGACAUCACAGCACGGCGCCAGGAAAGGAGGAGAAGAGGGAGGAGAGGCGGGGCGGGCCAUCAGCUGAUUCUCCCUUCCUCAAUGGAUGCGGAGGCAUGGAUGAGCCACUUCCCUCUGCCGCACAUCCUCAACACUCUGGCGCAGGUUCUGAGGGGGGAGGGGGCAGGGGCGGAGGAAGGGGCGUCGCAGGACCAGCUGGAGGAGUUGCUGCCUCACCUUUGCCUUGCUCUCCCCUCAUAUAGCAUUACUUGUGCCAACCUCCUUCGGUCCUUGCCCAGUGACAGUCGUGUGUGGAGCCAACUGGAGGAAGCUUUGAUCAGUAAGAAGAUUCUCUACCCUGAAAUCACUUCCGUCCUCUAUCUCCUGCACCGCCCGGCCCUGGAGCGUGAGCUGAUGCGUGUGCUGGGCCUCUACGCAGUUAAGGAGAGUCCGGGCCCAUGGUGGGAUGAAGAAGUGCUCACCAUAGCCCACUUCAGACCCCAUGGCACGCUACUGUGUGCCAACCCCGAGGCCAAGGAAGGGCAGAGCUGUGGAGGCCAAGUCAAGAGGAGGAAAGUCAAUGAGUGGGAGUCGUCACCUUCGGCCAAGGCGUCAGGGUAUGAUGAGCAGUUGUUCCAUCAGUGCCUUGCCUUCCUGGGAAGUGUUCUGGUGAAAACGCGUUUCUCGUUUCCUGCUGUCGUUGCCAGCAGGGAUUAUCUAUCACAGGUUUCCUCGGUGAUGGAAGACGAGCUCUACCAGAGUUUUCCAAGUGACCUGUCCCAUCUUGCAUACCUCCUAAGUUUGCCUCUCGCCAUGGGGCAGGAGCAGGAUGCCCUCACAGACUCUACACUUCUACUCAUAGAAAAUGCCCUGCGGGAGGAGCUGGCUGAGGGAGGAGAGGCGACUCGGGAGAAAGUGUGCGUGAUGCUCUCUCUCUUCCCAUUCUGGCUUCCAUUGCUCCGGGAGAGUGGUUUCUUGAAGGGCCACUUGGCUGAUAGUGCGUGUGACAUCUUCUGCUGCGUCAGGCAAGGCUGCAGGUGAUGCUUGGAUGACGUUCUCUUGCAAGUAAACCACGGCAAAAGUAGUGAGUGAUAACUAACCAUGCUUGCCUUUUGAUAUAAAGAACAGUAGUAAAUUUCAAAUAUACAGUAAACACUCAGUUAUCCAGGUGCACCGUAUCUGACCUCGCUUGUAUCCGGGAGUUUUCAAAAAUAAUAAUAACCUACACCAUAUCCGGGUGCCCCUGUGGCUUUAUUAACCCGGAUACCAGAGGGUUUACUGUAUUCCAGGGGUAAUGAAAAUAGUAAGAACAGAAAUAGUUUACUGAAGAAAUUAAAAAGCAAUGAAAGCACAUGUACCGGACUACAAAAACAUAACCAUAAAAUAUAUUACAACAUUAUUGAAUUCCAAACCUGAUAAUUCCUCUGACAUAUUUGCAACCACACGACUGUCCACUCCAAAUAAUUCAACAAUACAAACAUGCAAAUGUAAUGUAACCAGAGUAUUAAAUGUUUUAAAUCAAAUGAAUCAUUAUGUAUCUUUUAUCAACUGAAACAAACAAAAAAAAAAGGUUUCCAUUUCCAUUUUAUCCUUGCUUUCCAUUU